ACGAACGGUCCGCGGCUGCCUGAGCGCCGCUGUGCUGCGGGGGACGCUGUUCGCAGAGCGGAAGAUGGCGACUGUUUGGUGGCUGCAGAGGAACCUCCGGAGCUGAUACCGGGGAGGAGAAGAGGCACACUCACAUCCUAGUCAAGACCACGUCCAAAAACAACGCAGACAAUAAUGUCCCGCUCCCCUGACAAUGAGGAUGGAUGCUUUGUUGCCAUGGAUACAGAGGACGAUGGAUCAGAGCCUGCUGGGUUAAAUGAUGAAGCAGACGCAAAGAUGGGAUCCUGGCGACAAGAAGUGGCCAUGGACGGCAGUGCCAAAGGAGUGGGGAGAACAAUGGUGGAGUUACCAGAGGAAGUUCUUGAAUAUAUUCUGUCAUUCCUCUCACCGUACCAGGAACACAAGACCGCUGCGCUUGUAUGUAAGCAGUGGUAUCGCCUCAUUAAAGGUGUUGCUUAUCAAUGCUAUCAUGGUUUCUUGAGAGCUGUCCAAGAGGGGAACAUCCAGUGGGAAAGUCGCACAUACCCUUAUCCAGGAACCCCAAUCACUCAGCGCUUCUCACACAGUGCAUGUUACUAUGACUCAAACCAGUCCAUGUAUGUGUUUGGGGGUUGCACUCAGAGUAGCUGCAAUGCUGCCUUCAAUGAUCUUUGGAGACUUGACCUCAACAGCAAGGAGUGGAUCCGGCCAUUAGCCUCAGGCUCUUAUCCAUCGCCUAAAGCUGGGGCCACUCUAGUGAUGCACAAAGAUCUGUUAGUCCUCUUUGGGGGCUGGACUCGACCCAGUCCUUAUCCUCUGCACCAACCAGAACGAUUCUUUGAUGAAAUCCACACCUACUCUCCUUCCAAAAAUUGGUGGAACUGUAUCGUCACAACACACGGGCCCCCACCCAUGGCCGGCCACUCUUCCUCUGUAAUUGGAAACACCAUGGUAGUGUUCGGGGGAUCAUUAGGAGCACGUCAAAUGAGUAAUGAAGUCUGGGUUCUAGAUCUGGAGCAGUGGUCCUGGUCCAAACCUCCCAUAUCCGGCCCAUCUCCACACCCACGAGGAGGCCAGUCACAGAUUGUCAUCGAUGACCAGACAUUGCUCAUCUUGGGAGGAUGUGGUGGUCCUAAUGCGCUCCUUAAAGAUGCCUGGCUGCUUCACAUGGGUGCACCACCGUGGAGGUGGCAGCAGCUGCAGGUGGAAAACGAGGACCAUGGAGCCCCAGAGCUUUGGUGUCACCCAGCUUGUCGAGUGGGCCAGUGUGUGGUGGUUUUCUCACAGGCGCCGUCUGGCCGUGCACCGCUCAGCCCAAGUCUUAACUCUCGGCCCUCCCCCAUAAGUGCCACACCUGCCCCUCUGGGCCCUGAACCGCCUUCCCUGCGCUCACAGUCUCCCGUCCGGAGCGGGGCCGCCGGCGUCGUCCUGGGAGCUAUUGAAGAGGCUCCGUGUGUUAAUGGCCGGUGGGGAACGCUGAGGCCUCGGCCUUCAGCAAGAGGAAGUGCCAGAGACGGAAGCCCGUCCUCGUCCCAGCAGCCGUCUCCUUUGCAAGGUCCUGACAGCCCUCCUCUUCCUCCAUUACUAAAUGGAUCCUCCCCGUCACCUCGGACCAGCCCAGCCCAGGCUGCGUCUCCUCCCUCUCGCCCUCACCUGCCUGCCUCCACAGACUAUGGUUGGGACUCUCCCCCCUCUGCCUCUCACCACCCUGAGGUGCCCAGCACCAACGGCCUGCACACUCCUCCUGCGGGCUCCCCACACACUCCCCCGGGAGCAGUGUCUCCGGCUGCCUUACGACGAGGUCUGGAGGCAGUAAAGAACAAAUCGUCCUCAUCUUUACCAUCGUCAUCGUCAUCGUCUUCCUUUCACGCACAGGGAGGUUCUCCUGGAGGCGGAAGUAGUGGAGGAGCAGGAGGAGGAGGAGGAGGAGCGGGUCCUCCCGGAACUCCGCCCUCGUCAUCCUCCAGCCCUCCGCAGGCCACUGGGAGUGAUGGACAUGCUAUCCCACCUAUUGCACGGCGCCUUGGCCAUCACCCACCUCAAAGCCUGAACGUAGGAAAACCUCUGUACCAGUCUCUCAACUGCAAACCCAUGCAAAUGUAUGUGCUGGAUGUGUCCCGGGCCAAGUCUGCCGCAGUGGUGUCCUGGAGGGUUUAUGGUAACGGGACUCCCGCGGCAGUUACUGGGCCACCGGAGACCAGCCUUCACACUGUGGUGCAGGGCAGGGGAGAGCUCAUUAUUUUCGGGGGCCUGAUGGACAAAAAACAGAAUGUGAAGUACUACCCUAAAACCAACGCCUUGUACUUUGUACGUGCUAAAAGGUAAUGCAGCUGGGAAGACGGACGCUUUGACCUGUGACCACACAAGGACGCUGAGACACGAAGCCUUUUUCCUCUAGAGGAUUAUGGGAAAAGAACGUCAUCAUUGUUAGGUGUUUCAUGUCAGAAAUUCACUCCACUCCCCCCAACAGCAACAGAAACCAAUUUAACUACAUUUGGAUAAAAACAGAUUUUCUUUUGUGUGAAUGAGACUCCUGACUGUGUGUGUGUGUGUAGUUGUGAGUGCACUGAUGAAUUGACAGACUGGACAUUUUCUUUUUGGCUAGCCUAACAGUGAUCAACCAAAUAAUAACAUUUCUCUUUCUCUGUGUCUCCCUCCUCUGAACUGUGGAAAAAACGGACACCAAACGGUUGAUGACUACCUUGCUUUUUGUAUCACUCUUUGAGCCUGCAAUGUUUACAUUGGAAAACGGUGUGAGAGAGUGUGUAUGCAUAAUGUGUGUCGUGUGUGUGCACGUCGGUGGUCAAACGUUGUUAACUCAUGUCCUGUCCGGGGGCCACGGUGGAUGAGAUAACGGCACUGUACUAUAAACAUAGUUAAACAAUAAAGGCCUCCGUGUCUGCUC